AUAUGUAUAUAUAAUUAUAAUUUUUAUAUGCUGAAUUUAUCACCAUAAAUGGUGCAGCGGAAAUGGUCUCCUCUCCUUUGAUCUGCGUUCACACACUGAACAGACUUGAGCCUGCAAACCUGGACAUUUCAUAUCUUCAGAGCAUGGAUCGACGCAGGUUGCAGCGUUUGUUCCUCCACCAGCUCGAGGGCAGAAUGGAGAACGGUUCUGGUUCUGGUACCGGUGCGUUAAACAGACGUCGCUCUGGGGGAACGGAAGAGUCCCGGCCCAGAGAGACGAUGCAGCUGAAGAAGGAGAUCUCGCUCCUGAACGGUAUCAGCCUCAUCGUGGGAAACAUGAUCGGCUCGGGGAUCUUCGUCUCCCCUAAAGGUGUGCUGAUCUACAGCGCCUCCUACGGGCUGUCGCUGGUCAUCUGGGCCAUCGGCGGAAUCUUCUCCGUGAUUGGUGCUCUGUGUUAUGCUGAACUGGGCACCACCAUCACCAAGUCAGGUGCUAGCUACGCCUAUAUCCUGGAGUCAUUCGGAGGCUUUCUGGCGUUUAUUCGGCUCUGGACGUCGCUCCUCAUCAUCGAGCCCACCAGCCAGGCCAUCAUCGCCAUCACCUUCGCCAACUACCUGGUGCAGCCCAUGUUCCCCAGCUGCGAGCCGCCGUACUCCGCCUCUCGGCUCAUCGCCGCGGCCUGCAUCUGUUUGUUGACGUUCAUUAACUCGGCGCAUGUGAAGUGGGGUACCAGAGUGCAGGACAUCUUCACCUACGCCAAAGUUCUGGCCCUCAUCGUGAUAAUCAUUACAGGCCUGGUGAAGCUGUGUCAGGGUCGUACAGAAAACUUCGAGGGUUUUUUCCAGGGCUCGUCUCGUGACCCGGGAGACAUUGCCCUGGCCCUGUACUCCGCCCUGUUCUCCUACUCGGGCUGGGACACUCUGAACUACGUCACUGAGGAAAUCAAGAACCCAGAGAGGAAUCUUCCUCUGGCCAUAGCCGUGUCCAUGCCGGUCGUCACCAUCAUCUACAUCCUGACCAACGUGGCCUACUACGCCGUGCUGGACAUGAGCGCCAUCCUCGCCAGCGACGCCGUGGCUGUGACGUUUGCUGAUCACACUUUAGGUGUAAUGAGCUGGACAAUCCCCAUCGCUGUGGCUCUGUCCUGCUACGGUGGACUCAACUCAUCCAUCAUUGCAGCCUCCAGGCUUUUCUUCGUCGGCUCUCGGGAAGGUCACCUCCCCGAUGCUCUGUCGAUGAUCCACGUGCAGAGGUUCACGCCCAUCCCUGCGCUCCUCUUCAACUGUGCCAUGGCUCUGAUCUACCUGACCGUGCAGGAUGUGUUCCAGCUGAUUAACUACUACAGCUUCAGCUAUUGGUUCUUCGUCGGUCUGUCCAUCGCUGGGCAGGUCUACUUACGCUGGAAAGAUCCGGAGAGACCGCGGCCUGUGAAGUUGUCCCUGGUGUACCCUGUGGUGUUCUGCUUGUGUACGGUGUUCCUGGUCACAGUACCCCUCUACAGUGACACGCUCAACUCCUUCAUCGGCAUCGCCAUCGCUCUCUCGGGCGUUCCCGUGUACUUCCUGGGCGUUCACCUCCCCGAGUCCAAACGGCCACCGUUCAUCUCCGCACUGCUGCGUUCUGUCACUCGAUUCACUCAGUUCACGUGUUUCUGCGUUCUCACGGAGAUGGACCCUGUGGAUUAAAUCCUCCAUGUGUAAAAAGAACUGCUUCUCCAGCCCAAUGUGUUCUGGACACCUACAGUCAGGUGAAGGAGCCCAGUCAUGUGACCCGGGGCGUGUUGUCCUCUAAGGGACGUGUGUGUGUGUGAGGUGCCUUACAAGGAACGUGAGCCGAUGGACUUCCGAUCGUCUUCCUCAAAUAUAUUUAUCCGUCUGUGUUUUGGAAUUCUAACGGACUCUUUUUAUGUCAACGGUGUGAAAAAGCGAGUUAUUUAUUAGCUACAUUCAUUUGAGAUGUUUUGGAUAUUUAGAAAAUCUCUUCUACGCUGCAAACAUUCACGUCUUGGCGAGUGAAAUUAUCUCUAAUAUAUUCAGAUUUCUCUCAGUUGCUGUUACAGUAAACCCAGUAUAAGAGAAUUCAACCGAUUUUCAUUCAAUAAAAUUAGCGGGUUUUUAAAUUUUAUUUUAGGGAAAAAUAUAAAGCUUGAAAUCAUUAAAACUGGGAGGGGGGAAAAAAAGGCUGAAUAAUCUUGUAUUUGAUUAAUAUGGACAAGUUUAUCCAUUUUAUAUAUUAAAGAUAUUUUCACUUGAUCAGUAUUUGCAGUGUACUUUGUGAAUUGUUUGUAAUUGUGUGUUUGAUUUUAGAAAGGGAAACACAAUGACCACAAAACUAACACUACUAUUAAAAAAAAAAAAAAAUGAAGAUGAGGGAAAAAUAGCAGACAUGCCGGGGCGUGUUUCACGUCAUCCCGUGUGUGUUUUUUUUUUUUUUUUUUUUUUUUUUUUAAAAAACAGGUUUUGUAGGGGAUCACACUGUGAAAGGGUUUAUCACCAAACUUCUCUUCAGACACGUGCUGUUCAGAGGACUGAAACUAUAUAAAAACACUUCAUUACCCCAUUGGAUUCUUUACACCUAAAAAUAAUAAUUAUAGUAAACUGACUUUAAUCUUGUUCACUUUCAUAAAGUGCAGCGGAGAGACGUUUUAUUUCAUUUAUUUUGCAGCACGUUAAUAAACACUUCUGACUUUUGGAA